AUGACUCUAUUUGAUUAUUUGCACGGUGUUCAGGCAAGUAAGAAGGCUGCUAAUAAGAGACAGAGAGGAGCCCAGAAGACCUGCUCCAAUGUCUUCUCCAUGUUCGAGCAGUCGCAGAUACAGGAGUUCAAGGAGGCUUUUGGCUGCAUUGACCAGGACAGAGACGGUGUAAUCAAAAAGCAGGACCUGAGGGAGACGUACGCACAGCUCGGAAAACUCAAUGUUAAGGACGAGGAGCUGGAUGAGAUGCUGAAUGAGGGAAAAGGUCCCAUCAACUUCACUGUUUUCCUGACUUUGUUUGGGGAGAAACUUAACGGCACUGACCCUGAAGACACCAUACUGGCUGCCUUCAAGCUUUUUGACCCUAACGGGACGGGCUUUGUCAACAAGGAUGAGUUUAAGCGACUACUGAUGAACCAGGCUGAUAAAUUCACAUCAGAGGAGGUGGAUCAGGCCUUCGCUCUGGCUCCUAUCGACGUGUCGGGAAACAUCGACUACAAGUCGCUCUGCUACAUCAUCACGCAUGGAGAUGAGAAAGAGGAAUCCUAA